UUUCCUAGAAAUUUAACAACAGUCUAUGUUCCUGUGUAUUCAUGAAACAUCACGAGUUCCGGUUUGCCCGACCGUGUCGUUCAUGUACAUGAUCAAUCCGUCAAUACACACACUAGAAAUGUAUGAGAUCUUGCAACAAAAUGACCGUCAAAAUCAUUUUCGUUUUUUUCUGUAGCUGUGAUGGUUUUUGCUCAAUGCGUGUACAAUGUAUGCGGGCAGACAGCGGCUUGCAUAGCUGGUUUGGGUGAUUAUCAAUGCAAUAAUGGACAUGGAUGCUACUACAGUUUCCAGAAGUGCGACUCUUAUAAUGAAUGUGAUGACAAAUCAGAUGAUCUGAACUGUGAAAAGUGUAACAUUUACAACACGUUCUACUGCCCGUCAUCUCGUCAAUGUGUUUCAAAGGAUAAGGUAUGCGAUGGCAGUCAGGAUUGCCUCAAUGGUGAAGACGAAGAUGUCACUUAUUGUUCUAUACAUUGUGUGUCUGGUGUGGGUGACUAUCAAUGCAAUGAUGGCAAUGGAUGCUACAGUGACUUUGACAAAUGCAACUAUUAUAAUACAUGUGAUGACAAAUCGGAUGACUUGAACUGUGAUAGUUGUACCGGUACCUUGUCUUUCUACUGCCCGUCAUCUCGUCAAUGUGUAUCAACGUUUAUGGUCUGUGAUGGCAAUCUGGAUUGCCUCAAUGGUGAAGACGAAGGCGAACCUGCCGGUUGUCUUACGCCCUGUACGGAUGGUACUGGUGGUGUUCAAUGCAAUGAUGGAAAUGGAUGCUACGAUUUGGGUCAAAAGUGCGACGUUUUUAAUGAAUGUGAUGAUAAAUCAGAUGAAUUGGGCUGUGAUAAAGGUUGCAACCAUCCUCACUAUUUCGUCUGCCCGUCAAAUCUUCAAUGUAUAGACAGGAACCUCGUCUGUGAUGGCCAUCUGGACUGCCUCAAUGGUGACGACGAAGACGCAACUUAUUGCCCCACUAUUUGGAACUAUUGGAGUAGAGGUCAGAUGGCAGGAAUGGUCAUCGGUUUUGUCAUCUAUCUUGUCACUGUCAUCGUCAUGGUCGUUGUAGUGCACAAGAGAUGCAAGAAGUAAUCAUGGAAACCACCAAUGCCUUAGUUUAAUCUGUGCGCGAUCACCAAAACAAGAAAGUUGAUCCAUUUAUUACAACACCUUCAAUAGAGCUCACUCCAUGAUGGUCGCAGUUUGCAAGUAAGGUGCGACAAACACAUAGGCAACACAUUUGUAUUGGCACUUGUCUUCUUCAAAUUGUAAAUGUUUUUCCUUCCAAUAAAGCAACAUAGACUUUUGCUGGAGGAACGAACCCUCUUUUGUAUUAGUACUGUUAUUGAAUGUUUAUUAUAUUCUAAUAAUAAUAUAUUAGCCUUGCAAUACGACCGUGUGGUAUCAACCAGAAUAGUUAUUGUAAUAAAGACACUGGACACCUUAAUAGUAACGGUCAAAGACCAGUCUUCUCACUUGGUUUAUCUCACCAUAUG